AUGUUUGCCAGAGAAGACAAGAGUGUUCUUAUGGAAAUGCUUCACUCCUGCACCCCAGAAGAUAACAAAAAAUGUAUCCUUGAAUCUUUUCAAAAUGUAAACGGAACAAUUCGAAUUUUAGUUGCAACUAUUGCUUUCGGCAUGGGUGUUGACUGUAAGGCAGUUCAUCGUGUCAUACAUUAUGGACCAUCAAAAACCAUCGAAGCAUAUGUACAAGAGACUGGACGUGCUGGAAGAGAUGGGGUGCAGAGCAGGACAUUCAUUUUAUAUCAUGGAAUUCUUCUAAAUCAUGUUGACAUGAACAUAAAAUCAUUUGUCAAAACUAAAGAUUGUAGGAGAAAAACUCUUCUGAAUCAUUUUGAAGCUGAUUGUAAAUUGCCACUUUAUCUGCAUCUUUGUUGUGACAACUGUGCAUCUAUUUGUGAAUGUGGACAAGCAGACUGUGGGCAGUAUACAAAAUACCCAAUCACUGAUUGUUACAAGGAUGUACUGUUUAGUGGGAGGAAACGAGAAGUUAGCAAUGAGCAAAAGAAGUUGAUUGAGAAUGCUCUGAUACAAUACCAGAAGAAACUUCUUAUUGAACUUGCUAACACAACUGCAAAAGCAGAAAUCAAAACUUUAACAAACAUUCGACUCAUGUUAGGGUUUUCUGAACAUCAGAUAACUCAAGUUUUGAAUAGCAUUGAUCAGAUUUUUACCAUGUCUGAUGUUUGUAGUGCUGUCGAAAUUUGGGACAAGAGACAUGCAGAAAAGAUAUUAAACAUUAUCAACAGUGUAUUUGGUGACCUACUGGUACAUGAGCAUUUGCAUGAUUCAAGAGGUGAAUCUGUUUUGGAUAUGUACGAGUUUGAUGACGAACUACUUGAUGAUUGGCAAGAAAUUCUUCAAGAUAAUGACAUGUUUGAUAUGAUUGUAGAAAAUUUGUCACUCUCACAAUUACAGGACUCAUUAAUAGAUGAGCGUGACAUGUCUUCAGACUCUCAAGAUGAAGAAAUCAUUGUAUCUGUGUUAAAGUAA